AAUGGCGACGUUUCACAUUGGGUGAUUUGGUGUGAUUGUUGUCAUUUGCGCGACUAUUGUUUCUUUUGUGUAAGAAAAACCCAUUUGAAAAUCAAAUCAAGGGAAGCAAAUAUAAUGAAUACAUUGUAAAUAGUGAAAAAAGUGUAAUAUAAAUAUUCGAUGAUACAGAUCGCAUGAAGAAUGUCGUAUUCUAAUUCUGUAAACAGUGUAAACGUUUCGGUGGAAGCACCGAUUGAGAAUUUGAUUCAAGAAAUCACAUAUGAUGGUCAAGAAAUUUAUCAAGCACCCUUGACCUUGUCGGAGAAUUUGGCCAAAAUCGCCCAGAAGAUUGAUUUCAGUAAAACUAAUGGCGAAGAAGUUAAAAAGGAACCAUCUGAGAAUGGAGGCAAAGAUGAAGAACCAAAAGACACUACUGCUCAGUCCACGUUAUGGCCUUGGGAUACUGUCAGAAACAAUCUAAGUUCGCUAGGAAUUGUGACACGUAAGGCCGACGGUUUACCAGUAGACGGUACUGCAGGAAGUAGCGCAUUCGGAUUGGGCGAGGCAGGUGGACUUGUACUGGUGUCUUCUUCUUCCUCCGCUUUUGUCACUUCGAACAUUCCCGUUUGCGUUUUGCCAGGCAUACAGCUGAUAAUUGGACUAUGUCACAGUACCGGCAACGACAAAAAGCCCUCAGCACCGCCAGCUCACAAAACCGAUCACGAUCACGUACUCGAGCAUUCAUUGCAUCAAUUACUGCGUGAAGUACAUCACAAAAAUACUCAUCAUCCAUUCCCUCAUCCUGCGUCUGGUCCACUGGGCCCAAGCAAACGCAGAUGUCUUGCAGGUCCAAGUGCAGCUGAUCGAUAUGAACUGAUCGAGAUGACCAAGAGUCAGACUUUAUUGGAACAAAUCAUCCAGCAGGCCCAACACUUCUUUAUGCGUCUGCGAACAGAAUACGUUUUAGAUACAAUUGCCAAGGAAGUGAAAGAUCCUCUUAUCGUUUCUCAUUGGAAUGCUCUCAAUUCGCCGACUCAGUCCUGUGUGAAGAUAAAUAUUCUAACUCACGGUUACGACUCGAUGUAUCGCACAUCUCUGGUCGUGCAUGUCGGUGAAAAAUCUCUCAAGUGUGUUUGUCGGGAUGGCAGAGUGAUGCACAUGAGUUACGAGCCUCAAGAAUUGCGCGAUCUAAUCUUCUGUCAGAUCCAUCAGCACCAAAUUAUCGCGGUUCAAUCUUUAGCGAAAUGUAUGGGUUGGCAGUUUCUUUCGAACAGUUCGCAUCUAGGUCUUGGGGCAGUGGAGCCGCUUGGAAAUGCGAGCAGUUGUAUAUUGGCAUCUCCAAUUGGCGACAGAAUGAUAGCGGUCAGAUGUGAACCGCAAAAUGGGAUUCAGGUUGCAAUAGCUCAUUCGCCGCGAAAGGACUUCUUCCCGGGUCAACUGGUGCGAGAGAGAAAGUGGGAAAAUCUCGGAGGAUCGUUCAAAGAGGUCAGAUGGGACAAAAUGGAGGGGAAGAACUUCUUGAAUAAGAUGGAACUGCUCAUGGCUUCCCUCACAAGCUCUUAAUAAUUUGCGAGAGACAUUAAACAGGGUGAUAGAAUUAAGGUGAUAGUGAAGUUUGAGUUUCUAAAUAUGUACAAGAUUUUUAGGUAGGCAAUUUGAUUGUUAUGCAUCUGUAACGAAUACACAUCAAGAAUUACUUAACGGUGAAUUUGUCAAUUUUAUAACAGUUUAUUGUUUACAAAAAAGACUGAUACGAAUGACACAUUAGUUGCAGUGACGGAUGGUGUAAAAUUAACAAGACAGUAAAUUAAUUGAAAAUUUUAAUUCUUAUUGAAUACGAGCAGAGUGCAUUAUAUUUUGUCUGUACAUUUUCUUACUGCGGACUAACAUCAUUCUUACAAUAUUUUUUACGUAACAUGAAAAGGAAAAUCAAUAAAUUAUUGGAAUACGAUUUCGAAAAUGA